GCAGUGACUUCCGGCGGAAGAAGAAGCCGGUUCCGAGUUCUGGCCGACCGCAGGCAAGGAGUGGGCAGCAGCGCCUGUGUGAACUUAGAUACAUGGCAGACUGUAAUGAAUUGUCUUUAAUAUUUCAAUUCAGCUGAUCUGAGAAGGCCCACUUCUGGUUCCAUGAGUGAUGGCGGUUGAGCAGAUGCCCAUAAAGGAUUGGUACAGCAUCCUCGGGGCAGACCCAUCUGCAAAUGUGUCAGACCUAAAACAAAAGUAUCAAAAACUCGUAUUAAUGUAUCAUCCAGAUAAACAAAGUACAGAUGCACCAGCAGGAACCGUGGAGGAACGUGUACAGAAGUUCAUCGAAAUUGAUCAGGCAUGGAAAAUUCUAGGGAAUGAAGAGACAAAAAGAGAGUAUGACCUGCAGCGGUGUGAAGAUGACCUAAGAAGUAUAGGACCAGUAGAUGCUCAAGUAUAUCUUGAAGAAAUGUCUUGGAAUGAAGAUGAUCAAUCUUUUUAUCUGAGUUGCAGAUGUGGUGGAAAAUACAGUGUUUCCAAGGAUGAAGCAGAAGAAGUUAACCUGAUUUCUUGCGAUACAUGUUCACUAAUUAUAGAACUCCUUCAUCAUAACUAAAAUUGUUCACAACUUGAAAUGCUUUAACUGUGGUAUUUAGACAUGAUGAGAGGCCAUUGAGCGUUAUCCAUUCAAGGAAAUGGAUUUUUUUUUUUGUCAACCCUAUUAUUUGCAAAGAAAACAUACAAUUAUCAAGCAGAGACCACCUCAGAUUAAUAGAGAAUGAUUAUAAUUAUUUAUGUAUAAUUUGUAUUCAUAAGUUGUCACAAAAAAAGAUUUGGAUUGUAUUUGGUGAAUUCCCAUCUGAGAACUUUAUUCAUUUUUUUCCUUGACCCAAAAUAAGAAUUUUUCUCUUUCCUAAUAUGAGCAUGUCUCCUCUUUUAAGUGGGUAACGGUAUCAUAUUCCUUUAUAGUUACUAAGUUUCUGAUCUAACAGAUAAUGUUUCUAGUUGCUAAAAUUAUAGGCCUGUUGUACACUUAGAAUCUUUGUGAAUAACAUAACCAGUUCUCCCAUAAGGAAGGGCUGGUUAUGGAUAUUCAUGAAGUUAUUUCAAAGUUAAUAAAGACAAAAUGGCAAUUACAGAAAGUGUUGACUCCAAUCUUGGCCCUUUAUUUCCAAAGCUUGUAAACACUGCCAUCGUUAAACUUAAAUGUAAUUUAGGAAAUGGAAGGUUU